GCCCCCGCAGUGGAUUUUGGUCGAAGGGGACACGUUAAGAGUCAGACUGCAAGUUAAUUUGUAAUCACCGAGACAUUUUAACAGCUAAGAGGAGAAUUUUAACAGACGGCACAAUGGCUGGACUCAAGUACAUGAGUGGUUUUGGGAACGAGUUCUCCUCUGAGGACCCUCGCUGCCCGGGAUCUUUACCAGAGGGACAGAACAAUCCUCAAGUCUGUCCUUACGGCCUCUACGCUGAGCAGCUCUCCGGCUCUGCCUUCACCUGCCCACGGCCAGCCAAUAAGAGGAGCUGGUUGUACCGCAUCUUGCCGUCUGUCAAACAUAAGCCAUUUACCGCAGUGCCCUGUGGAAACCUAACAGAGAACUGGAACGAGGUGGAGCCUGACCCUAACCAGCUGCGAUGGCUGCCGUUCACCAUUCCCAAAUCUACAGAGAAGAAAGUGGACUUUGUGGCUGGUCUGCAUACUAUCUGUGGUGCAGGAGAUGCCAAAUCUCGCAAUGGAAUUGGCAUCCACAUGUACACCUGCAAUGCCUCUAUGGUUGACAGGUGUUUCAACAACUCCGAUGGAGACUUUCUGAUUGUCCCCCAGCAGGGUGAGAUCUUGAUCACCACAGAGUUUGGGAAGAUAAUGGUCGAGCCGAGCGAGAUCUGUGUCAUCCAGCAAGGGAUGCGCUUCAGCGUUGACGUGUUUGGAGAAACCAGAGGCUACAUACUAGAGGUGUAUGGAGCCCAUUAUGAACUCCCUGACCUGGGACCCAUAGGAGCCAAUGGUCUGGCCAACCCCAGAGAUUUCCUGUGUCCAGUUGCUUGGUAUGAGGACCGCAAAGUGGCCACGGGCUACACCGUUAUCAACAAGUACCAAGGAAAGCUCUUCGCAUGCCAACAGGAUUUCUCUCCGUUCAAUGUGGUAGCUUGGCACGGGAACUACACACCGUACAAAUACAACCUGAAGAACUUCAUGGUUAUCAACGCCGUGGCCUUCGACCAUGCGGAUCCAUCUAUCUUUACUGUCCUGACUGCCAAAUCCACCCGACCAGGAGUGGCCAUUGCCGACUUUGUCAUCUUCCCCCCGCGAUGGGGUGUAGCUGAUCACACCUUCCGUCCACCUUACUACCACCGUAACUGCAUGAGUGAGUUCAUGGGUCUGAUCAAAGGCCACUAUGAAGCCAAAGAGGAGGGCUUCCAGCCAGGUGGGGGCAGCCUCCACAGCAUGAUGACCCCACACGGCCCGGACGCUGACUGCUUUGAGAAGAACAGCACUGCUGAGCUGGAACCUGAGAGGGUGGCUGAGGGAACCAUGGCUUUCAUGUUUGAGUCAUCCUUCAGCAUGGCUGUGACCAAGUGGGGUCUACAAACAUGCCAAAGACUUGACAAGAGCUACUACCAGUGCUGGGAGCCUCUCCGCAGCCACUUUAAUCCCACCUGGAAACCCAGCAAACAGUAAAACUAAGUGAGUCAGAAGGAAUUUGAACCAAAUAUAGAUGUUAUACACACAUUAAAAAAUGUUAUUUCACUUUAUUAACAUAACUAGAACCACUUUAAUGUUUGAUGAUGUCUGUUGGCAUUGCAGAGGGAAUAAAGUCAUUUAUUUUGUGCAGACAACUAAGAUUGGAGUUGCACGGUAAAAACAAAGAUUUCAAGCAUUUGCUAUUUGUAAUGUUUAAAAUAAAAGUCACAAAGAGGCUGCAUGAAUAGUUUCUGUACAUGCAGCUAUGCAGGUAAGUCAUGCUGAACAUGUAAACCACUUGUGUGUAUCUCCUGCUGUACUCUGACAGUUUGGAGAUUUAAGAGGAACACUACCUAAAUUAAGAAUUCAAAAAUGUUAUUUCCAUGGUCUAGGAAAGUUCAAGCAAUACUUAUGAACAUGAGUUACUCUUGCUCAAAGUCAGACACCAAACUCGUGAUAUAAAGUCUGGAGCGUCUGCGUAGAUGAUAAAUGGGAGCCUGAUUUUGUGGAUCCAAAGAAUGUUUUUCUUUUUUUAUACCCAGAUGAGCUUUAUUAUAUUGCAGAGUUUUCCGAUCUAAAAUGAAAAAUGCAAACCCAUAGGCCGAAUCAUGUGACAUUGCGCUGACACUUCCUGGUAGACCACUGGCUGUUGCUUUGAAUGGCAGAGAUAUGUGAAAUUAGCAAACUUGUUCAUUUCUGUUGUCACUUUUGGCUGUUACUCUCACAUUUAAAGAUAUAUGGUCAAACACUGUCGUCCAACCUACCAGACGUUUCUCCUGUGCUGAUUUUAUUGCAUUUGUUCCUUUGAGUUCAUCUUUAAUCAACCAAAAACAGCAAUGGAAGCUAAGCGCAGGACCACUGUGGAUGGGGGCUGCAGCAAAACAUAUUAUAGCAACCUAAAAAAUAUGUUUCAGUUAAAGUGUAGGCUAUAUUUAUAUUUUCAUAGCUUUACCUUUUAUACAAGCCGAACAGAUUAUAGCAGCGGUAGACUGCCAGCAACUCCUUUAUCCUAAAAUGACUGUUUUUGUCGAUAGAGUCUAAUGGUUUUUGAGAUAACGUCCUCAGCUCCCUUAUAAUUAAAAGGCAAACUCAUGAACAAUUAAGGGCUGGAGGUUAUGUUUAGCAUAAGUAACAUAGUCUUGCUUUAAACAGUGAUUUGCUCAAGGGCACAGUGAUUAUGAUGACAAUGAAGUCGAGUCAUUUAUUUUGUCACACUUGUCUCCAAAGUGAUCAUCAUUAACUCAUUGUCUACUGGUCAAUAUGCGAUUUGAAUAUUUGUUUGAGCAGUUACCCUA